AUGAUGCCGCCACGUUCCCCAGAGCCAGUCAACCUGGAUCUUGCAGUGUCCGCCCCUGAUGAUCCAGAGACGGGAGGUGUCGCCUUCGAGUCGGAUGCAUCAUUUGACUCGCCAGAAUAG